UCGGCUGGAUAAGUAUAUCUUUUUGAAGGCAGACUGUUUCUUUACUUAUUUAUGAAAUUAUAUUGAAGACCGUGAAUCAAUUUUAUAUCCAGUCAUGUACCAUUACAGCUUGUUAUUGUUUUUUUUGGAUUUGUCUUUUGAUUUGAUCGGCAGUGUUUCACAAUUAGAAAUUAAUAAACAUUUAGAAUUAGGUAGAGAAUUUCUUGUACAUGGACAAUUGCAAGAUGCAUUGUCACAUUAUCAUGCAGCAAUUGAGGGAGAUCCUAACAAUUAUUUAGCGUAUUACAAUAGGGGUAUGGUAUAUUUGGCACUAGGUAAAGCUAAGUUCGCGAUUCAUGAUCUUGACAAAGUUUUGGAAUUGAAACCUGAUUUUACAGCAGCUAGGCUGCAACGUGGAAAUGUUUUAUUCAAGCAAGCAAAGUUUGAUUUAGCCGAACAAAAUUAUAAAGAAGUUCUUGCAAUAGAACCACAGAAUGAGGAAGCUGUAUCUAUGUCAUAUACGAUACCAAAUCUUGAAAUGGAUAUGCAAUAUGCAGAAGAUAUGGUUAAAAAUCGGGAUUGCAGGACGGCGAUUCGACAUAUAACACGACUUAUAGAAACUUGUCCAUGGUCGCUUGAACUUAGAGAGCUAAGAGCGGAAUGUCAUGAUGCUUUAGGAGAUUAUAUGAGUGCUAUUACUGAUAUACGUUCCACUACUAAGUUACUAUCUGACAAUACAGAAGGUUAUUUUAAACUAUCCAGUAUGCACUAUCGUAUUGGACAGGUAGAAGAAUCAUUGAGGGAAAUUCGAGAGUGUUUAAAAUUAGAUCCAGAACAUAAAAAGUGUUUCCCAUUUUAUAAAAAGAUUAAAGAAGUAUCUAAAUUUCUGGGAAAAGCAGAAUCUUCUGAGGAUGCCAAUAAUCCUCAAGGUUGUAUAGAUUCUGCCGAACGUGUACUCCGUUUAGAGGCAAAUGUAAAACAUGUUAGAUUUACUGCCUUGCAGUUACUUUGCAAAUGUUACACAGCUAACUCAGAACCAAGUCAGGCAAUUAAUAAUUGUCAAGAAGCAUUAAAGAUACGACGAGAGCCAGCUAUUUUGUGUGACAGUGCGGAGGCAUAUCUGGCCAAUGAAUUAUAUGAUGAUGCGAUAAAAGAUUAUAAAAAAGCUUUGGAAAUGGAUCCUGAUUUGCAAAGAGCAAAGCAGGGAUUACAGAAAGCUCAACAACGACAGAAACUUUCAGAGUCGCGGGAUUAUUACAAAAUUUUAGGCGUAUCUAGGACAGCUUCGAAACGUGAAAUUAUUAAAGCGUACAGAAAAGCGGCACAAAAAUGGCAUCCCGAUAACUUCCAAGAAGGCGAAGAGAAGAAACGAGCGGAAAAAAAAUUCAUAGAUAUCGCUGCUGCCAAAGAAGUACUAACUGAUGACGAAAAAAGAGCAAAAUUCGAUCAAGGCGAGGAUCCAUUGGAUCCUGAAUCUGGAAAACAUCAGCAAGGCUUCAAUCCCUUCCAAGAAUUUCAUCACUUUCAUGGUUCACCUUUCCAAUUUAAAUUCCAUUUCAAUUAAUUACAUAUUUCGAUCUUAAUCGUCCUAGCGCAAUUGAAAUAGCCAAUUCGUUGAUUCUGCGUCAUUUAUGGCUCACAAUAUCGAAUUUAGCUAUUUUAUUACUAAAUAUGAUUUUGCUAAAUCUACCUUGUUGGUAGUUUCGUAUCUUAAAUAUUUUUGAGAUCGAAGGACCACAUUUGAACAAUACGAUGAUUUGAUUAAUCGUAUAUGAGCUAUUUAGAAGACGUAAUCAAUUUUGAAAAUAUUGAAUAAUGAAAGUGCGUGAACAAUUUAACAUAAUUAAUGAUUGGCUAAUUGAAAGCCAAUGUAUAUUGAUUAAACAUUAAUGUAUUUUCUAUACGCAGACUGAAGUAAUGAAUAUUAUCGAUUGUACAUCACGAUUGUAAACGUGUGUUAUAGAUAUGUUCAUUCUCUUGAGUUAUGUGUCGAUAUAACCAACGAAGUCUGUGAUUGUAUUUCGAUUGAAUUAAGAUCACUUUUGACAUUCAUAGAAAGAACGACCGUCGGUAUUUAACGAUAUAAGUCCAUGAUAUAUAUCCGAGUGUCAUUUUUCGAUGAUCCUCUAUUGUCGAUUGUAGAUACUUUUUAUCGGAUAAUCUAUGGUUCUUUUUUUCUUUUUUUUUUUUUUUUUUUUUUUUUGUUUUCAAUGGAUAUUUCUAUUCGAUGCCAUUGAUUACCGCCGAUACAUAGGGCGGCAACGAUACUGUGCGCGUGUGUGUUCGCAUGAGUGUGAGUCAGAAUAUUAUGUAAAUAUUGUAUCUCUAAUCAUUGUUUAAAAGUAUAUUUGAAUAAUUUAUACAGAUAAAUACGGACAAACAUCGAA